GAGAGAGAGAGAGAGAGAGAGAGAGAAAAAGCUAAUUAAACCCUUCUUUUUAUAAAGUAAAAGGAAGUUUCUUUCUUAGCACUACGCGUAUUUUUCAAUUUUUACCUUUUUCAUGUCGGUUGUUCUCUUAUCCACUUUAUUUCUUCGUCCUAUAAAACCCUUCAUUUUUCAUUGAUUUUUCUCAACUACUCAUCAUUUUGAUAUUCAUUUUAAAUUUACAAAUAAAAAUUCAAGUUCUUUGAACUUCUUUUGAGAGCCUUUAGAAAUCAAAUAAUGACAACCACUUGCCCUCACAGAGAAGCAGAUGAAACUGCCAAGGAAAAGAAUGUCAUCAAGGGAAUCACCAAAGUUUAUCCAAGAGGAUUUAAUAUUACAUGGGGCAAUGAUGAUCGCUAUUGGAAUAUCACCAACCCCAAUGUGCCAGGAAGUUUAUACAUGGCAGAGUUGAAGCAAGUUUCAUGGCUAGAAGUGACAUGUUCAACUGAUAAUGUAGAAGUUGGGGAAACGUAUAGAGUGGGUUUCAAUAUAACAAUGAGACCAGAUGCAUUUGGGUGGGAUGGGAUUGAUGUUUAUGUAAUGGCUAAAGUUGGGAAGAAAGGGAAAUUCACAUCCAUGAAAGUUUCCCUUGGAGAGAUAGGACCAAACGAAACACCUAUCACAAUCCCAAAGGAGCCAUUAGAAAUCUUUGUUGCUCAUUCAACACCCAAAGAGUGCAGAACUAUUCAUCUUGGUUUGUAUGAAGUUUGGAGUUCAAAGUGGAAGGGGGGUUUGCAAAUCCACGAUGCAUUCAUUUACAAGGUUGUUUAAUUAAAACUUUUAGCCAUAAACGCCGCAUUAGAUUUCAUUUCAUUUUAUUUAAUUUUUAUACAUGUAUAAGUAUACUUUUUGAAGUUUUUAAAUAUGUCCUAUGAGUUGAUGCUUGUAAAAAUUAAAGGAUGUUUUGAUUAUUAUCCAUUCUUCUUUUGUAACUAUCUAUAUAUUGAAAAGUAUUUUGAUUGUUUUGA